CUUUUUCCCCCGCCAAGCUCAUCUUGAACACUGUCUAAUUCCCCUUUACCAGUGGUUUCCGACUUCCACGCCCCCAACUUUUGUCGACGAGUGCAAAAACUACUUGUUAUUUUCCAGCCAAACAAUUUUGCACGUUGUCGCCAUUCUGCGGCGGGUUGACGAAUGCCGACGCCUUUAGAACCGUGAGGGCACGAUGAGUAGGCCGGAGAACGUGAAAUGGGUGGAUGGCCUCCGCGGCCUGGCGUCCGUUCUGGUUAUUUCCACACAUAUUACGCGCGGAUUCUUUCUCGAUCUUAUGAAGCCCACCUCCGAAGUAGAUACUCCGCCAAAACUCUUUCAAUAUCCUUUUCUGCGAGUGUUAACCCAGGGCCGAAUUGGAGUUGCCAUCUUCGCCUUGGUCACAGGAUAUGUUUGCGCCCUCAAACCGAUACGCCAGAUUCGGGCGGGAGAACGAAAUGCAAUGUUCAAUGGAGUCUCGAGGAGUGCUUUUCGUCGAGUACCGCGACUUAUACUCCCAACCGCCAUAGCAACAACUAUAACAUGGUUCUUUUGUCAGUUCGGGGUUUUCCAGGUGGCGGAGAAGGCGGACAGUUGGUGGUUGAACUUUUCUGCGCCAAGAAUGACGCCUUAUAUUGGGGAAGCGAUAUACAGCCUGCUGUUGGAGAUGAUCAUGACUUGGUCGAGGGGGUGGAAUAUGUACGACCACCACACAUGGACGAUGCUCCCGUUGUUGAAGUCAAGCAUGUUGGUAUUUAUUUUCCUUUUCGCAGCCGCAUAUUGCAAGACGAGAUACCGCAUAAUGCUUGAAUUGGGUCUGUUCGUCUAUUUCUAUAUCAGCAACGACUCAACUUUUGGAAUGCUCUCCUUCUUUGGCGUUUUCCUCUCCGAUCUCUCCCAAGACCCAACCCACCAAAGCUGGUGCAACGCCCGCAAAUGGCCAGGACGACUCCUCACCCCCAUCUUCUUCAUUCUUGGGCUUUACCUCGCCUCCUACCCCGAAGCCGAACCAGGCUGGAUGCCCUGGUCCAAAGCAAUGGAAGACUGGUCCCACUAUAUCUUCCCCAGAGAAAACGACACGCCACGAUUUUACACCGCCAUAGGCCUCAUCUUCGUCGCGCUCGGAAUCCACUUCUCCAACGUGGCGAAAUCCUUCCUGUCAAGCAAAUACCUGCUCUGGUUCGGCAAGCACUCGUUCGCUGUGUACCUCCUGCACGGCUCGCUCCUGCGCUCGAUAUUAGCGUGGAUGUAUUUCGGGGUCCAUUUACCGAGAGAUAUCAUAGUUGAGGACGGGGGCAUCCAGCCUGGGCCUCCGUUGCAGAUCUGUGGGAGAUUUCAGUUCUGGGCGCUAUUGCCAGUUUGGUUGGGCAUUGUGUAUUUGUCCGCAUUUUACUGGACGAAGUAUGUGGACCCUUGGUGUGCGAGGACGACAGAGCGGCUGGUGAAAUAUGUUUUUGAGGAGCCGCAGACGGAUUUGGGUGCUGAGAAGAGGUUGCUGCCACAAUGAAGAGCUUGAAAGGCAACUUUGGAUCGAAAAAUUCGCAGAGCACACUUAGACUGAACGGUGUUUUGGGGCGAUUGAAGAGAAAGAAAGCCUGCGGUUAGAGGCCAAUAGAGACUUGGGCCUUGUUAUGUUGGGUUGCACAAUAAACGCUCAGCGCCACGGAGUCUUGGUGGUUUGAAUAUGCAUAGCAUUGGACGUCGAUAUGGGAAGGACAUCUGCAUUGGAGUUCGGGUGUUGAAGAAACUGGGCAGGCAUGCCAUUUGAGCGAAAAUUGCGGCAAAGUACUCUCGAGGUAGCAGAAAGCGGCAUUGUAUAUAUGCGCAUAAUACCCAAUCAUGCAUUCAUUUGUUAACAUAAAGUAUUUGUAAUCUUUUGCUGUACAUAGUUAAACACUGCGAGACUUCUUCGUCUGGGCUGAAAACUGCCCAAGAAAGUAACAACU